GAAUGUAGAAUCUAAGAUAUGACAAGAAUUUUAAGUACCAAUUUGAGAGAGAUGUCAAGUUCAAGGGCUAAAUAUGCAUUUGAGCCCAAAUAACAAAUGCUAUCUUUGUGAAAAAAUAUUUAGAAGUUAAAAGAACCUCAAAUUCCAUAUCUCAAUUUUUAUUUAUCUCUUGGAAAAAUUCAUCUCUGAUCUCCUCGAGCUAUACAUUUCUUGCUGUAGCUCCUUUCCUAGCCUCUGCCUCAGCAUUCUUACUCCUGUUAGUGGCCUUGGUUGAUAUUUUCAUAAGAGGUUGGUGUUGAGCGUCUUUGGAAUGUCUUCUUUCUUGAUUCUGGUCUGCCAAUAGCUAGAUCUUAAAUCUGUUUUUGCGAAAAAUGUAUUACCCUUUAGCUGAUCUAGCAAGUACUCCACCUUGGGAAUUGGGAAUUUAUCCUAAAUGGUUUUGGGUUGUCUAUAAUCAAUGCAUAAUCUUCAUGUCUCAUCUUUUUUCUUCCCCAGCAAGUAAAGAUUAGCAAACGGAGCUCUUUUUGGUUUGUAUUUUUGAGGACGACAUCAUGUCUGCAACUUGUUUCUGCUCUUCGACCUUAUGGUAGUAAGGAAAUCUGUAAGGUCUGAGGUUUACAGGUUUAGGGGUUAGGUAAAUAGUAAGGUCAUGUGACCUUGCAGGUGGUAAUUCUGAAGGUUCCUUGAACUCAUCUGAAGAUUCCUUGAACUCAUCUAAGUAGGAAGGCAAGUACUGGCAGUAGCUCUGCUGGUAUUUCUGCUGCAUUACAUUUAGAUGUUAACAUAUACAAUCCUGCCGUUGAUUGUGGUUCUUUUCCCAUCAGCUUUUGUAAUUUCUCCCCCAAAAUCAAUUUGAAGCAACUCUGACGCUUUUCUCCUCAAAGCUGUGUCUGUUUUCCCUCCUUGUGAAAAGCUAACGAAAGAGAUAAAAGAUUUAUUAUCUAUACAUUUAAUCCUUACAAAUCUACUCUUUUUAUGCUCCUAUAAAUAUGUUAACAUUUAUGGAAAUACAACUAUACACAACAAAUACUUUCAAGUAGGAGCAUAGAUAUUGAUCAUACCCAGCAUGUUACACAGAUAGUCAACUUGAUUUCCAUCCUAUGCUUUUGUAAACAAAUUAACAAGUUCUUCUCUUUCUUCACAUAGACAAUGGAGGUUAAAUUUUCUAGAAUCUUCUCACGAAUGAAGUGACAAUUAAUCUUGAUGUGUUUGGUUCCUUCAUAACAGAUUGGAUUCGAGGUGAUAUGAAGAACAGUUUGAUUUUCACACUAUAGUUUUACUUAUGAUGUUUCCACAUGAUAUCACACGUAGAAUGUGUCAUUCUUGUACUCAGAUUCUACAUCAUAUCAAGAUACAACAUUUUGCUUUUACAUUAUACGAACUUUUCACCAGCAAAGACACAAUAAACAGUAGUAGUCCUCAUAUCAAUCUUGGAUCCAGCCCAACCAACAGCGCCAGAACUCUCAAUGCGAGUUUGUCAAUGAUUGUUUUACAAUGUGCCAAGCUUAGGAUCCUUUCAAGUAAUAUAGGAUCUGUUAUAGAGCUACCCGCUGUUUGACUGUCGGUGUGGACAUGGACUAGCUAACAACACACAAUAAAAUCAAUAUCCGAAUGAGUCACAAUGAUAUAGUUUAGUCUCCCAACUAUCCUCUCUUAAGAUCAUUGAAUGGCUCACCAUUAUCCCUUGUAAGAUGUGCAUCUGACUGAAUCAUGAUAUAUAGGUCUCAUUGUUCUAUAAGUUGGUUUACUGGUUUCAGGUAAAGCAUGGUUGUCUAGUAAACCAGAAUCAUGAUACUUAUAGGUAUAUUUAACUUGUGCAUCAGUGACUGUAACUUCUACAGAUUUCUUGCCUUCACCUUGACUGAGUAGUUACAGUGGAAUCUAAAUCAACAUAAGUACUGUGCUCCCAGGAUUCUGCUUUGCUAGUAGUCCUUUUUUAUCCAUUAGCUCCAAAAUUCUACUGAUAUGCUCUUGAUUUUCUACAAAGUUAGCAUCUUUCUGGUUGUUAGAUGCGUUAAGUGUGUCCAGUUGAAUCUAGAAGGGGUAUUGAGUCUAGUUCCUUCUGCCAUUUCUUUGUAUUUCUUGUGUUUUUCCAGCUUCUAUGGCUGAAUCUGGACUAGCUCUGAACCAAAUUUUUACUUAAUCAAGAAUUGAGUAGAGAGGCCAGAGAAGAAAAAGGAAAGUUGAGUCUGUUCAGUCAUAAUCUCUUAAUACAGAAACUAUACAUAUAUAAUAUCUAACAAUAAUUCCUUGCUAAGAGUUGAAAACAAUAGCCAAUAAGAAUUUAGUACUUGAACAGUAUAUGAUUAGUGUGUUUUGAAAACAGAAUUUAAGCUGACCAUUAAGAUCUUUCUGGCUCAGCAGGUUGUUGUACAUGAUUUUUGCUCCAUCCAUCUACUUUUGUCAACUUUCUCCUGAGUUCAUCCAUCUCUAUCAGUUCUCCUUUCUUGCAAUGCUUGACCACCAGCUGUACAUUUCUUGCUGUAGUUCCUUUCCUUACAUCCAUCUCAUCACUCUUGCUUCUGCUAGUAGCCUCAGCUGAUACUUUCAUGACAGUUUAGUACCGACUGCUGACACUGAAAACUUUUGUCAAAAAUAAAUAAUCAAUUUACUUUUUCUGCGUCAUUUUUUUUUUGGUAAGAGUAAUUAUGUAUUAUUUAGGAAAGAGAAAGAAAGAAUUUUUAUUCCAUUUUGCAUCCAAAUCAAUCUCGUCUAAUUUUGCCAGAAUGCUUUGUUUGUACCUGUUGUAGCAUGAAUCAGAUGAAGGGUGUAAUGCUAAUUCUCUGGAAUCUGUGUAUCUUCAUUUUUGUGGUGAAAUAGAAGUAAAGCAAAUGCUAUUGUUCUUUUUAUUCUUUGAAGUGGACAUAAGUCAAUAUGAUAAUUUCAUAUUGGUACAUCACUUUGCAGGUUGUACUAGGUUAUGCUGAAGAAACAGAUAAACUGAAUGUGUAAGGACAUUUGAGGGAUUUUCUCUUUCAGACUUUCUCAAAGAGAGGAAAAUGUCAACUGGAAGAAAUACCCAUUGGUGUUAUAGAUGCAGGCGCCCAGUUAUCCUUCAGGGGCAUGAUUCAGUUUGCUGCUAUUGUGGUGGGGGGUUUGUUCAAGAACUGGAUGAAAUGGUGCCUAUCAGUCCCAUGGAUUUUUUCGGAGUUCCUGGUGAUGAAGAUCGUGGUCAGAGAUUUGGUCUCAUGGAUGCUUUUUCAGCCUUCAUGAGGCAGAGAUUGGCUGAUAGAAGUUUUAACCAUAAUAUCAGGGGAGGAACAGAUUCAAUUCUUGAGCAUAAUCCACCAUUUGGUCCUUUGUUGGUGUUUGGUGGCCAAAUUCCUUUUAGGUUGUCAGGGAAUGGUGGGUUUGAAGCUCUGUUUAAUGGGGCUCCUGGAAUUGGCUUUACAAGAGGUAAUGCUGGAAAUUAUUUCAUAGGUCCAGGAUUAGAAGAAUUGUUUGAACAGCUGUCAGCUAAUGAUCGUAGAGGCCCUCCCCCAGCAACUCGAUCUUCAAUUGAUGCAAUGCCCACUGUUAAGAUUACUCGGAGGCAUCUUCAUUCCGACUCGCACUGCCCUGUAUGCAAAGAUAAAUUUGAAUUGGGGUCUGAAGCAAGACAAAUGCCAUGUAAUCAUUUAUAUCAUUCGGAUUGCAUUAUCCCAUGGCUGGUGCAGCACAACUCGUGCCCUGUUUGCCGUCAAGAAUUGCCACCACAAGGAUCAGGUAGCAGCCAGAGUUAUAACCCCAGGGGUCAAAGUAGGAGCAGCAAUUUUGGAAGUAGUUCCAGUGGAAGGGAGAGCCAAAGCAGCAGACGUAAUCCAUUUUCAUAUUUCUGGCCAUUCCGUUCAUCAAAUUCAAGCUCUAGCCAUAAUGGAGCUGCGGGAAGUAGUUCCCCACGGCAUGUGCAUGAGAACAAUCAUUCGAUGGGGUAUAAUGGAUGGCCUUUUGACUGAGGUCUGUAGUUGUGUGUACCUGUAGUGUUUGGGCAAAAAUUAGUUGCACUGAAUGUGGAUUGAGGGAUCUUAAAAGAGUGUCUCUGUAAAAGUGAAUGAGGUCAAUUUCGUCCUGCAAACUGUGUUUCACUCUUUAGCCAGUACUUGUGGGUUUUCAAUCUACUAUGAGGACUAUAACUCAAUAACUGCAGUCUUGAUGGCAUGCUAUGCUAUGCUAUGCUUCCAUGUUUCAAUAAACUAAGCAUCAUGUAUGAUAUGGGUUUACAAGUUUGGUUGAGUUAA